AGUGGGCCUUCCCAAGAAUGAGCACGAGCGAGAAGAAUAAGUAGUAGCUUGUUCCAAGCAUUAUAAAAAAGUGUCGAGCACCUUGAUAAGGCCAAGGUGGAGCAGCAUUUAGAAAAGGAAAUGGCGAGCUUCCUCAGCGAUCGAUCCACCACCUUGAGCAGCAGCGGCGUUGGAGCAAGAGGAUGCUGGAUCGCCUCCAAGUCAAGGCCUGCCACGAAUUUCAGGUACCAGCUCCAUAGCUCUGCGUGGAAGGCCACUGCAUUAUCGCCCACCAAGAGGAUCCAGCGCGAAAUCCCUGGCAGCUAUGGCCUCCCUCUGCUCGGAUCCAUCUCCGACCGCUUCAACUAUUUCUACUUCCAAGGCACCGAGGAGUUCUUCCGGAGCCGAGCUGAGAAGUACCAGAGCACAGUGUUUCGCGUCAACAUGCCCCCGGGGCCGCCAUUCUUCCCAGAUCCCCGGGUGAUCGUGCUGCUGGACCAGCAGAGCUUCCCAGCUCUCUUCGAUGUCUCCAAGGUGAGCAAGCGCGAUGUCUUCACCGGAACUUACAAGCCCAGCGCCGAUUUCAAUGGUGGCUAUCGCAUCCUCUCCUAUCUCGACGCGGAUGAGCCCCGCCACGCCCAGAUCAAGGCCUUUUGCUUCGACAUGCUCAAAUCCAGGGCCAAGAGCAUCGUCCCCGGGAUGGAUUUCGCGGCGUGCCGCUGCUUCGAUCGCUGGGAGAAGGAACUGCGAGCCAAGCAAGCCCCUGAGCUCGUUUCCUCGAUCGAGGAGAUCUGCCUGGCGUUCCUGACGAGAGCCCUCAUGGAUCACGAUGCCACUGGAGCAUCCGGUCUGAGCACCGAAACUAUCAAGAAAUGGCUCGCUCCACAGAUUGCUCCAGUCGCCCUUCUCGACGCCAUUCCUCCGCCCAUCAUGGAGCUCCUCCACGUCUUCCCUCUCCCCUUCGCUGUCGUCAAGAAAGACUACGAAGCCAUCGUCUCCUACUUCUCGGCCCACAGUACCGCGCUGCUCGACCUGGCCGCGACGCACGGCGUACCGCGCGACGAGGCACUCCAUAACCUCAUCUUCAUGGUCUGCUUCAACACUUUUGGCGGGCUGAUCCGCUUGCUGCCGGAGGUAGUCCAGCGCGUCCACGAGAGCGGCGUCGCCAAGGAGCUCAGCAAUGAGGUGGCGGCAGCGGUACGCGACGCCGGCGGGCGGCUUACCGCGCGGUCCAUUGACGGCAUGCCGCUGCUCCACUCGGUGGUGUACGAGUGCCUGCGCUUCCAGCCGCCGGUACCGUUCCAGUAUGCCCGCGCGCGCCAGGAUAUGGUGAUCGAGAGCCACAAGGAGGCGUUUCGCGUGAAGAAGGGCGAGAUGCUGUGUGGAUUCCAGCCAUUUGCGACGAGAGAUGGAGUGGUGUUUGAUCGACCCAACGAGUUCUUGCCGCGGCGAUUCAUGGGCGACGAUGGAGCAAAGCUUCUCAAGUACGUGCUGUGGUCCAAUGGCCCCCAGACCGAGAACCCCAGCGUGGAUAACAAGCACUGCGCCGGGAAGGACUUCAUCGUCUUGGUCACUCGCCUCUUCCUCGCCGAGUUCUUCCUCAGGUAUGAAUCGUUCCAGCUCGACGGCCAAUCCAUCAAAUCGCUCUCGCGCCGAUCGCCAUCGACGUGAUAAGCACGAAGGACAUGCCGACGUGCUUCGUUGGGCGGCUGUGAUUCGGGCCCAUGGUCGUUGACUUUGUUCUCGACCGUCCAGAUUUGGGAUCUUCUUUGAUAUUGUAGAACCUGGAUGUUACAUUGUAACUUGCUGCUGGCCACAAUGCAAAUAUAUUCCAAAUGCGAAUAGAAACUUUAGCUCAAUGUUUCAGUGA